GGACUGCGUUGGCUCUGUUACAUCCCUCUAGACGACCUGACAAGAUAACAUUAUAUAUUGCUUUCGUUCACGACGAUACUGAAAGACCAUCACGUUGGAAUUUACUUCCGUGGCGCAUUAUGGCCAUAUUCAAAUUGAGGCCGUCUGAUUUUAGCUUGGCCUAGGCUUGUAUUCCGUUAUAUCGUCAUUGAAUCCCAAGCUUCAGUUGCAGAAGACAACGACGACCAGUAUUUUACUUUUAACCAUGUCCGACAAGCUUCCUUCACAUUGUAAUGAUCAGCCACACUCCCAUGAUAUCGCCUCCGUGAACGAGCAGCACUACGACCUCCAAGCUGAAGCCUUCGAUGAAUACCCAGGUUAUGAAGAGAUAUCGAGAGUCAUUGGUCAAGCCAUGCUUUCGAAAUAUCCUGACAUCUUCGACAAGGAGUGCACACAUAUUCUGGAUUAUGCGUGCGGGACAGGCUUGCUAUCAAGGCAGCUUUGGCCUCAUGCACGGUCUGUCAUUGGUGUAGAUAUCAGCAAAGGGGCCGUCGACCGAUACAAUCUGCGUGUUAUCAACGAAGGAGCCGAUCCCUCCAAAAUCAGAGCGAUACGUGCUGAACUGAAGGGUGAAGAGAGUGAACUUCAUGGUGUCAAGGUCGAUGCCGUUGUGUGUGCAUCUGCCUAUCAUCACUUCACUUCUAUCGACGACAUGACACGUAUUCUGGUCUCUUUCCUGAAACAUGGAGGGUCUCUUCUAGUCGCUGACAUCAUGAAGAACGACCAAGGUGAAGAGGUCGUUCCUUCUGAUUACUAUCAUGAUGUUCCACAUACAGCUGGAUUCAGCGAGGAAGACAUGCGGCAAAUAUUCACCAGGGCUGGCCUCAAGAACUUUGACUUCAAUCGAGUCACUACGGCUAAUUUGGAGGGAACAGACGCCACUUUCUUCCUGGCUCGCGGAGUGAAACGGCAUGCGUAAGAACAGUAUUUCGUACGCAUACACUCUGUAUAUAUGCGAGAUAUAGCAAGGCUAAAUCUUCCGGCUAAUAGCGCGAGUGCACUUGUAUAGCCCACUCGCAGCAUACCUUCCAUGCUUUGAAAUAAGUGACAACGGCUGAUGCGCCCAUAUCAGUGGAAGUGCUCAAGUCUAGUAUAACCAGCUCUCGCUUCAUAGUGACAUCCUUACCAUCCAGGGUAGGAGCGUCUGAGAAACAGAGCAAAUCACCAACAAAUCACAAUGUCAUGCACACUCCGGUCGACUCGGGCGGAUGGGAGGGUCCUUAUUCUCGUCAGCUGUAACAAAGUAUAGUAACAAACAUAUAAUAUAUUCAGUAUUUCCAGUACCCUC